UUUACGCAAGAAAGAUUGUGAUUGGACGAUUUGUUUUGUGGUUCAAAUAGUAGCGGGUGUUGAGUAGUCAUGCAGGCAUAGUAUAACACCAGAUUGUUUAUAUUUUACAAACGUUUUGAAAGGAAAGAUGCCAAAGAUGGAGGGCAGAUUGUCACUUUUGGCGAUGUACGAUGAUAUUAUGAGGAAGUCCAGAGUGUUACAGGCAGGAGAUGAAACAGAAUUUCGAAGAUUUGUUCAGAACCAAGAACAGUGCAGAUACAAAUGGCAAGGUUUAGAAGUAGAGGUCCAACAUCUUCAGGAAAGAAUUCGUCAGCUAGAGUCGGAAAACAGUGGGCUUACUCUCAAACUCAAGCAUGCUAGAGGGGUGAUUGAGGAAGAAUUGGAAAAAGCAAGGGUUUUAGAACAAGAAAGAGAUGAACAGGAGCGUCAGAUUGGACUGAUACGAGAACUUCUGAAUGACCGCAAUGGACGGAAAGACCUGAAUGAGCAAGAAAGAGAAAGGCUUUUCAUGCUGAGUACGACUCAUAGGUCACAUCUAGAGGGUUCCCCAUCUAAAAGGAAAUCAGAAACUUCUCACAGGGAAAGGAAACGGUUGCGUACCAUCAAUGAGUCGGCUCACUCCAUGUUGUCAGAUGACGAGUAUGACAAGACAGAAGACGACCUACAUACCAGUCGUCUCAGGAGUGGCCGCAAGUUCAAACGACCCUCGGCCCCACCCCUGGAGGAGGAAUUUCCCAAGAAAAGGAAAAGUGGGGAUGAGAAAGACAGUUCUAUCAUUACCACGACAACGGUGACCAUUGGUGCCGACGGAGCACCUGUUGCCGCGGAAACAGAAGUCAAGACUGUGAAAACUCUUAACAAGAGCUUCAGUGAGCCAGCCCUUGACAAACACAUGGUUGCCCCGGACAGAGAUGCAGACAGUGAACCAGAAUCAGAGGAAUCGUACUAUGGCACACCCAGGAAUAACAACAACAGGAGGAAGUCCAGGGGAAUUCUCAAAACUACACCAUCUGAAACACCACAGUUACGGAAGGCCAACUCUGCCAGUAAAGGCUUGAACCGAGUUCAUGUUUUCAUGUCCAAGACAGUCAUCAAACCUGAAAGCUGUGUUCCCUGUGGAAAAAGAAUCAGAUUUGGUAAACUGGCAAUGAAAUGUAAAGAUUGUCGCUCCACCUGCCACCCAGACUGUAAGGAUAAUCUCCCCUUGCCGUGUAUACCCCUGGCCCCUGGUACCCCCGGCGGCCACAAACUUAUCGGGGGAAUCAUUAGUGAUUAUGCCCCCUUGGAGAGACCCAUGAUUCCAGCUCUUGUGGUGCAUUGUGUGAAUGAAGUAGAGACUAGAGGACUCAGUGAAGUGGGAAUCUACCGAGUUCCUGGGUCUGACUCCCAGGUCAAAGAUCUGAAGAAGGAAUUCAUGAAGGGAAAAGGUGUGCCAAAUUUGUCCCACAUUGAUGACAUCCAUGUGGUUUGUGGCUGUCUGAAAGAUUUCCUGCGAGGAAUGAAGGAACCUUUGGUCACGUUUGGACUGUGGAAGGACUUUGUUAGUGCUGCUGAGAACAGGGACCAAGCCCUGGGUCUGUCAGAGGUCUAUCAGGCCAUUAGUCAGCUCCCUCAGGCCAAUAAAGACACCUUAGCCUUCCUCAUCCUUCAUCUGCUGAGGGUUGGAGAUAUUCCUGACUGUAAGAUGCCUCUCAGUAACCUGGCCAAGGUGUUUGGGCCGACAAUCGUAGGCUACUCCGUACCGGACCCCGAACCUCUACAGAUGAUCAGCGAGACCAAGUACCAGGCCAUGGUAAUGGAGAAGCUGUUUCAGAUCCCCGUGGAUUACUGGGAGUCGUAUCUGAAUGUGGACGACGAGAACAUCUACCCCAACCAGUACAACACACCACAGACACCAGAGGGAUCAAUGCCCCACAGCCGACUUGGCCCACUUCAUACACCAGGGUCACAUGACUUUAGAAGCAAGACAUGGGGAAAGAACUCCUUUACUCCCAAUAAGGGCAAGAAAGGUCGGCUUCUCCCUCCUCUAGUUCCCAUGCCACGGUCGGUCAGUGAGUCCAAGAUUUAAAUUAAAAGGUUCUCCAACAAAAGUAACCAUGUCACUAAAAAGCCAAGUCAUUUCUUCUCCUCCCCAAAACUCAACUGAGUCUGACUUAACAUCAAGUGACUUGCACCAACAUUAAAAUAACAUAAAGAAGUUCACGAGCCAAAUUUGGAUCUUCAUGUAUAAAAGAAUGUGUGAGCAAGGUCUACAUCAGUACAUGGCAAAAAAAUAAACCACAAAGGUAUUUGGUGAAAAUUCAACUGGUAAAGAGUAUCUGUAGAGAGCCUCUGUAUUCUACAUCCUUGGGUUUCACUCCAUUCGAAUGUAAAUAUCGUAGACGAUGUUUUGUAUUGUAGUGUAAUAAAUUAAUAAUUAUUAUUAAACUGCAGUUUGUGUACAUAUGUUAAUAACCCUUUUUGUUCUACAAAGUUUGUUUUCUUUCGCGUAUGUAUUUUGUUUAUUUUAUGUUUAUUUUUGUUUGUUUUCCCCAGUUUUCACCUUCAGGUCUGCUAGUAUGUCAAAGAAAUGAUUUUUUAAUGGAAUAUUAUAAUUUAUUUAAGCCUGAUAUAAUUAUCCAUGGCAGAUCACUGUUCAAAAUUUGAUAUAAAUUUUUUCUAAAGAAAAGAUUCCAAAGUUUUUUUUUUAUUGAGGGUUAUUUAUUUUUUUUGUCAUGGAUUAAGGAAUAAAGGGAAAUGAAUGUUUAAUUUAGGCUUUGUAUAUUUACAAUGUAUUUAUUUAUCAAUAUUAAAUCAAGAAAAAAAGUCUGUAUAUAGUGUCUAGUUUUAUUUACAUGUAUGUAUUUUCCUGU